CGGCGCAGGCGGCGGCGGGGGGCCGGGUGGCCGGGGUCCCGGGCCCCGCGGCGGCUGCGGCGGCGGCGGCGGCGGCAGGAUGAUCAAGCUGUUCUCGCUGAAGCAGCAGAAGAAGGAGGAGGAGUCGGCCGGCGGCACCAAGGGCAGCAGCAAGAAGGCGUCGGCGGCGCAGCUCCGGAUCCAGAAGGACAUUAACGAGCUGAACCUGCCCAAGACGUGUGACAUCAGCUUCUCAGACCCAGACGACCUUCUCAACUUCAAGCUGGUUAUCUGUCCUGAUGAGGGCUUCUACAAGAGUGGCAAGUUUGUAUUCAGUUUUAAGGUGGGACAGGGUUACCCACAUGACCCUCCCAAGGUGAAGUGUGAGACAAUGGUUUAUCAUCCCAACAUUGACCUAGAGGGCAACGUCUGCCUCAACAUCCUCAGAGAGGACUGGAAGCCAGUCCUUACGAUAAACUCCAUAAUUUAUGGCCUGCAGUAUCUCUUCUUGGAGCCCAACCCCGAGGACCCACUGAACAAGGAAGCUGCUGAGGUCCUGCAGAACAACCGGCGGCUGUUUGAACAAAACGUGCAGCGCUCCAUGAGAGGUGGUUACAUCGGGUCCACCUACUUCGAGCGCUGCCUUAAAUAGGUUUAGCAAUUAUCCAUCCCUGCCAGGGUUACCAGCCCAGGCAUCCCCUGCAAAUAUUUAUUGGGGGCCCGGGUAGGGUGUGGGGGAUAGCCUUGGCCCCUGCCUAGGCCUUGCCUCUCCUUCCUGUCACCUGCCCCUAGUUAUUUUUUUUUCUUGACCACCACAUGAUUAUGGUCGGUACUGCCUCCUCCGACCUGCUCAGCAAUGGGAAAUGAAUUGGCUUGUUUAGCAACCCCCCUCCUGCUGGGUGCUGUCCAACCCCCCACUUUUGUCUGUGGGGUAAGUGGACAAUGGGCUUGGGUCUCUGGGCCCGAGCAACCCACCCCACCACCACUGGAGGUCCCACCAGGCUAUUAAAGGGGAAUGUUACUGCA